CAACUGCGCAUGCGUAUUAGCCUCUUUUACUGUGGGGAUAAUGGCGGGUGAAACUGACAAGAAGGUUCCAUCGGUCCCCGAAAGCCUCGUCAAGAGGCGGAAGCGCUAUGCUGUCGUCAGGGCCAUGCGUCUCAAAGCCAAGCUGGCUGAGAAAAAGGCCCGCAAGGUAACAAGGAAGCUUAUUUUCAAAAGGGCAGAAAGUUACCACAAGGAGUACAAAGAGAUGUACAGGCGUGAGGUCCGCUUGGCAAGGACAGCCCGCAAAGUGGGGAACUUCUAUGUUCCAGCUGAACCCAAAUUGGCCUUUGUUAUUAGAAUCAGAGGUAUCAACGGUGUCAGCCCCAAGGUGCGCAAGGUGCUGCAGCUCCUGCGUCUCCGCCAGAUCUUCAAUGGUGUGUUUGUCAAGCUGAACAAGGCCUCCAUCAACAUGCUCAGAAUCGCCGAGCCCUACAUUGCAUGGGGAUACCCUAAUCUGAAAUCAGUCCGUGAGCUGAUUUACAAACGUGGCUUUGGCAAGAUGCAGAAGCAGCGUAUUCCUCUGACAGACAACAGCCUGGUUGAAAAAACUCUUGGGGACUACGGCAUCAUCUGCGUUGAGGACCUGAUCCAUGAGAUUUACACUGUUGGCAAGAACUUCAAGGUCGCCAACAACUUCCUGUGGCCCUUCAAGCUUUCCUCCCCUCGUGGUGGCAUGAACAAGAAGACCACCCACUUUGUAGAAGGAGGCGACGCUGGCAACAGGGAGGACCAGAUCAACAGAAUGAUCAGGAGGAUGAACUAGACACAGGGUGUCUUGUGGGAGGUUGCAUUUGUUGAUCUAUGAUUAAAAAAAGUUAUAAAAAUCA